AUGAGAUAUUAUUACUAUUCAAUCAUUAUUCUAAUUUUUAUUCUUGAUCUGGCAUUUACAUGGCCAACACCGUCUAUAAUAAAAAGUAAAAAACAAUCAUUAAAAAAUGUUACUUCGUUAAAUAUUCAUCAAAGAACAUCAGUACAAGCUGAUAAAUUACGCAAUAUAACUACAUCAACUGGCGACCGUUUCACAUACGCCCAUAAAAACGAGGAGGAAGAAAUCGAAUACAAUGAUACGCCAGUAACAAACGAAAUAUCAUCUGUUGUUGUAUUAACAUCAUUAACAGGUGUUUAUGUAUGGUGGCCAGCUAUAUUCGGUGGUGAUGAUUCGUUUCAUAUAUUACUUACUCAAGAAGAUGUACCUCGUUUUCAUGAUGUUACUGGUGAUGAUCAGGGAAAUAUAUAUUUAACAGCACCCCAUGAACGUACUGUUUAUCGUUUAGAAUAUUUAAAUGGUUGGUGGAUAUCAAAUUUUUCUAACCAUUCAGUGAUGAAUUCAAUUCGUAGUGAAAUGCCAUUAUUUGUCGAUAUUCAUUAUGUAUCAUCAAUACUUUAUGUUUAUGGUCAUUCAGAUAUACAAAUAAUUGAUUUGCUUCAAAAACCACGUACACGAGGUUCAGCACCUUUUAUGAAGCGUUUACGUGAACUAAGUCCUAAUCUACGUAUAACUGACAUGAUCAUUGAUCAAUUAACAUCGGAUGGUUAUAUUUUAGGUGAUUCAUACGGUUGGUGCACAGUUAUACGUUGUUCAUUAACUGUUAAUGAAUGCGUUUUUCUAUUCAAAAUUCCAACUUCACAUGAUAAUCGUCCAUAUCCGUGUACAGCCAGCAUUGAUUUUUCAAGUAAAAUUAUGUAUUUAAGUUUAGAAGAAAAAGUUCUUGUUGUACAUCUUAAUGAACAAACAAAUUUUGAUCGAAAACAAGUUUUAACAGAAAAACGUGGACCUCGGUCCACAUUAGGCUAUGAUGAUAUUGUUAAUUAUAAUAAUUUUAUUUUAUAUACUGAUGUUCUUCGACCACUUUUACAUAUUUGUACAUUGAAAAACGCAAAUCCAUGUAUAACUAUUUCUCUAAGAUUUCCAUUUGCAGAACGAUCAAUAUUACCACUUCGUCUAAGUAUUAUUCGAGUAUCCAAUCUUCAACCACCGAUAUCUGACGAUGAAAAUGACGCUGAACUUCAAAUAAAUGAAUCUACUACUAUUCUACCACCAUUAUCUCUGUUGAUGUCGAAUAAGACAACUGAACUGCAACGUCUCAUCGAUCAUACUUCAAUUAAACCUUACAUACAUGAAGAAAUAACUGCAAAUAAAAUUUGGAUAUUAAUACUUGGGAUUUUUAUGGGUCUAAUAUUUGCUGGUUUAUCAUUCUUAGUUUAUUAUAUUAUAUGGAAUAAAAAUAGACCAAAAUUAAAAAAAGAUUUUCCCCCGAUAGAUUCAAAGUCGUCGUCAAUCAAAACGAGUGCAGCUGGAUGUAUACCCCUUUUGAAUACGAAUCAAUCAAAUGACAGCAAAACAAGAAAUGAAUCAUCGAAAGCAGGUUCAACAGAUUCACAUGUAAAUGAAUCCAAUACAGAAAGUUCUGGUGAAUUAACAACUUUUACGAGUAGUUCUUCGAGUUAUCGGCCAGAUAUUAUUCUUUAG